UAUCAAAUAAAACAUAAACUUUGAUAUAAAAUUUGAAAUGGAAUUAAUCGUUGUGAAUAUUUUACCGGUUUCUGCUUGUCGUUGUACUCUUGACAUCCAAUGUCAUAGCUGAGACAGACCCACUUCAAAACCUAGCUUCGUAAGUAACGCCUCUACUCUGAACAAUUUAAAUCUUAAAAAUGAUUUUGUUGUCAGUGAAACAGGCAUACUCAGGUUGGUAGCUCGAUCGAUGCUCUUCCUUUGAGCUACAGGUGACUCGUGAGAUAUCUGCAGAGCCGUUAAACUAGGAUCAUGACGGUGAAAAUUAACAAUCCGGUACACCUCUAGGGUUAGAAUGUCGAUUUGAAGCUAUAAAAACGCCAAUAAACAUGUUACAGUUAGGAACUGGGAAAACGCGCUUUGAUGGAAUUACAAGACAUCUUCUGUUUGCGGGCUGCCUUUUUAUUGAUUUUUCAAAGAAGCAUUUACUUGUCUCGUUUCCGGUUAACGUUUCGCUCGCAUUGUGUUAUUAGCAAUACUAUGAUUCCAAAAAAAACAAAAAAACCAACAGCUUUGGCAAUCUGAUUCUUGAAAUACUUGUCCUCCCUCCCAUAGUUUGUAGGAACCUUUUCUUUAAUAUAAUUUUAUAUAUUGUAUCAAUAUGAAAUAGUAAUUGGAUUGAAUGGAACACAAUUCAAGGCGGUAGUCGGAAGAGUAUUUUCGAAAUCGGACGACUGCACAGUGCAAGGCCGAUUUCUAGUUACAAGCACGAAACUUUCGAGUAAGAUUUUAAUUUUACGAGGUUGUAAUUUUAUUUGAAUUCGAAGUAAUAAAUUCAGAAAGACGAGUAGCCUAUAUUUCCCAUCUGUUGACUUUAUGUUUAACUACCUGAUUACUGGCAAUAAUUUAGAAAUUAUGUGCGUUCAUCAAUUUUUUUGGACAAUAACUGAGCUGGAUGAAAUUGAUUUUCAAGAGAGCUGAGCCUGUAGCUAGGCUGAGCCAAAUAUAGUCAGAUGAUAUAUAUAUAACCAUAGAUAAAUUUUGGCUUUAUCACUUUGUCUUGUUAGUAAUGAAUCGAAACUGUGUUAAUAAGUCAGAAACGUACCUUUGUUCUUUCACUGAAGAUGUGGAUCAAUAUAAUUAAUGCAAUGUAUAUUUUUCCCGACAGUCGGUUAAAUUCAAAUCAGUACGGACGCAAAAAAGGAAACAGAAAUGAUUUUAAAACUGAGUCAGUGUUCAUAUAAUUUAAAACGUGUAAAGCUAAUAAUACUCAGAGAUACACUUUAAUGGAGUUUCCACUGUUUGUCUUGAAAUGAAACUUUAUAGCUUAAAAGGUUCCUUUGUCCGUUAAUUGAAGACGUUGUCUAAUGUAGAAAAACAACCCGCUUUUAUUUGAAGUUAAUUUUUUAUAAAGUAGCUUAUAAUCCUUUAAACCAAGAGCUACAAAAUUUAUUUCAUGGCUUUAGAUGUAGUGAAUUUCACACUAAUUUGAAAAAAUAAUUUAAUUUUUUAACAUUCUGGUUUGAUAACUGGGUCAUAACUGCUUAAGAUUCUUGUCUCACACAACUCUGAGGUCAAGAUGGAGGCAAUCGCUGUGAAAAUUCUGCUUUUCCUGCUAAUUGUUGGACUUAUAGCGUCCAAUGUUGUGGAUGGAAGCCGGCCAAUGCACAUAAACAACAUAAAUGGUAAGAAACGAAAAUGCUUACUUUUGCAAACUCAAGAAUUUUUGAAGUUAAAAUAUUGAAAUAAGCUUAUCUCUUUUUCGGUAGGGAACUGGUUAAAAGAGCAAGAAAUUAAAAUAAAAUACGUCUAACGGUUUUUUAGCAAGUAAAUUGCACAUUCAUUUGACUAACUUUCUGAACUCUCAAACCGAGAGGAUAACUUCUUUGAUACAUGUGCAAGACCUUUUCCAUAUAAGUCUAAAUCUACUAGGGCUUUAUCACGAAUGCCGUUCCCUUAUUGGCUACGCUACUCCCAAUUCAUUUUGCUGUAGAUAGUGAGUAGCCCAGCGGUGUGCUGUUGUUAACAAAAUGACGACAACUUCUUUGGGUUUUCAAAGUGUCUGCGAAGACGAUUUAGGCUCGUUAACUUUCAAAACAGCAUCUGGACCAGUGAAUAUUUUUAAAUAUUCAGGUUUGUUAAAUUUAGUUACGUUACUGUAGCUUUCUUUAAAUCAGAAAGCAAAAGAAUAAGAACGAAAAUAAUGGUGAUCGUAGUUAGCUUCGUAAAAAUCUGCGUCACUUCGAGCAAAAUCAUAGUCAGAAAAGGAUUAAGAGCAAGCCUGCGCUAAGCACUCAUUCAGAUAUCACUUUUCCUUGAAACCUAAUGACUGAAAAGAUUCUUAAGUGCCUUUUUAACGAAUGAAGUCCGCCUUUAUAGCUAGUGAAACCUGCUUCUCUGUUGGUUCUUACCAUCGAAAUUGUUUUUCUGCUAUUGCAAGUGGGUUAUAGUUAAAGCAUAGUGUAAACUGCAGAUUGCUUUGGAUGACUGAAAAUUAAAACAUCAAAUUAGAACGAAAAAAGUCUAAAAAUGUAAAAUAUGUAAGGCACAUUAAAAGGCCAUUCAAUUAGUUGGAACGGAUACUAAAUCACACAUUAGGGAGCGUGUUUUGAAUUUCUGAAGCAUGAGGUGAGUUGCCUCUAUUCUGUCUGACGACAUUCAGUAACCUACCGUGUGAUUGGUCAAUCAAUUCAACCGCGGCAACCGUCCAUAUGAAGACAUUUUGGCCAUAAUUAACUUGGUCUAAAUUUUUCUCAUUCGCCUUUGACGACUGGUUAAGAAUCGUCUCUUACUCAACUCUAAAGUCAAGAUGCUGUCUUUUGUUGUGAAAAUUUUGCUUUUCCUGCUAAUUUUUGGACUGAUAGCGUCCAAUGUUGUAGAUGGAAGCCGGUCAAUGCCAAUGAAGACCAAAAAUGGCGAGGAGGAACAAGAGCACAGCAGUAAGAACAGCACUUACAAACACCGCAAUCAAGAUGGCACUGUGACUGGCGAGGAGGACCAUGAGCACAGCAGUAAGAACAGUACUUACAAAAACUCCGACAAAGAUGACACGGAGCUUCGAGCAGUUGUCCCCCAGAUGGUUUUUAAUAAUCCUGACCAGCAAUGCUACACUCAAUUCUUUGUAGGUGGAGCUCCACCAACAGGUCUGCGAACUGGCCAAAACUUACAGAGUAUAAAGUACAUCUGCCAAAUGGUGAAUCAGCAGACUUACUAUGGGACCAUGUUUGACGAGGGUCGCGGUAUUGCUGUGUACUCAGGCUACACAUUGACAGGGGCAAAUGUGAAUUUUGUUCCGAAUCGACCAAGACCACAAUGGAGACCAACAGAAGGUAUCGCGAGGCAAGGAAGCUUUCAAAUAUACCAUAAGCCAUAUGACAGAGGUCAUCUCGUGCCAGGAGCAACUUACUCCGCCACCCUAGACAGAUUUCGUUCCACUUUCGUGUACACCAACGCUGUACCACAACGCCAAACUUUCAACCGUGGUCAGUGGUCCCGGUUUGAGAGGAGAAUACGAGUUUAUGCUCAACAAUGCACGCAGGGACCCCAACCUGGAACUUUGUAUCUGAUAACCGGUACUGCAUUCGGUCACAUUCAGGACAACCCUCUGCACUACAACCCACAAGUACUAGUCAACCAACUGGGUGCAAAUGAAGUUUAUCCUGCUAUAGCUAUUCCCAACUCCAUGUGGACUGCUGGCUGCUGUGUGCAUCCAAACGGUAUUGAGAGCUUUGCA